AUGACUGUGCGGCUGAAAGACGAGACAUCUUCAGAAGACGAAGACGCACCACUAUCUUCAUCUAUUCAGCGAACCAAGAGAACAAUUGAAGAUUGUGACUACGAAGACGAUGACCUGAAAUCAAAAACUGUCAAUACAGGCAUUAAAAAAGAAGAUAACGACGCGUAUGACAGCGAUGAAGCACUCUCCAAAGUGGCAAAACCUAAAAAAAUUGUGAAACGAGCCAAGAAAGCGGUUUCUAAGAAAUCAUCGUCUUCCAAUGCUAAGAAAUCCAUUAAAAGGGCUGCACCAAGAAAGACUCCUAAGGUUGUAAGAGAGGUUUCUGUUGAACAACAAAACGCCGAUCCCGAGGAUGACUCUAAGGAGUCGACUGAGGAUGUCGACGAGUUCAAGUGGUGGGAGAAAGAGAACGAUGACGAGUCUAUCAAAUGGACAACUCUAAAGCACAACGGUGUCAUUUUCCCACCUAAAUAUGACCCUCUACCUUCGCAUAUCAGAAUGUAUUAUGACGGGAAUCCUGUAGAUCUACCUCCCCAAGCGGAAGAAGUUGCUGGCUUCUUCGCAGCACUUUUAGAAUCCGACCAUGCUCAAAAUCCGACCUUUCAAAAGAAUUUCUUUAGCGACUUCUUAGAUGUCUUGAAAGAAAGUGGCGGGGCCAGGAAUGGGAUUAAACCUAAAGAUUUUAAACUUUGUGACUUUUCCAAAAUGUUUGAUUACUUCCAAUUGCAAAAAGAGCAAAGAAAGCAGCUUAGUCCACAGGAAAAGAAGAAGCUCAAGCAGGAAAAAGAAGAAUUAGAAGAACCUUAUAAGUUUUGUUGGCUCGAUGGGCGUAAGGAGCAGGUUGGAAAUUUUAGAAUUGAACCCCCCGGACUUUUUCGUGGCCGUGGUGCACAUCCCAAGACUGGUAAGCUGAAAAGAAGAGUUUACCCUGAGGAUGUAGUGCUCAACCUGGACAAAGAGGCCACAAUUCCAGAAGCGCCAGAUGGUCAUAAGUGGGGUGAAGUUAGACACGACAACACUGUCCAGUGGUUAGCUAUGUGGCGAGAAAACAUCUCAAACUCUUUCAAGUACGUUCGCUUUGCCGCGAACUCUUCAUUGAAAGGUAUGAGUGACUUCAAAAAAUUCGAAAAGGCUCGUCAAUUGAAGGAUUAUAUUGAUGCUGUUAGAAAGGAUUAUAACAAAAAUCUUAAGAGCAAAGUCAUGCUGGAGAGACAAAUCGCUGUAGCCUGUUACUUCAUCGACGUCUUCGCACUCAGAGCAGGUGGUGAGAAAGCUGACGAUGAAGCUGACACGGUUGGAUGCUGCUCUUUAAGGUACGAACACGUUACGCUAAAACCUCCGAAUACUGUCAUUUUCGAUUUUUUGGGUAAGGAUUCGAUCAGAUUCUACCAGGAAGUGCAGGUGGAAAAGCAAGUUUUCAAGAACUUGACACUGUUCAAAAAAGCACCCAAGAAGCCUGGUCAUCAACUAUUUGAUAGGUUGGAUCCAUCGAUUCUGAACAAACAUUUACAAAACUACAUGCCUGGAUUGACUGCCAAAGUGUUUCGUACCUACAACGCCUCCAAAACUAUGCAAGAUCAGCUAGACUUGAUCCCCAACGAAGGAACAGUUGCGGAAAAACUACUCAAGUACAACGCUGCUAACAGAACGGUAGCUAUUCUGUGUAAUCACCAACGGACCGUGACUAAGGGUCAUGCGGCUUCUGUUCAAAAGGCUAUGGAGAGAAUAGAAGAGUUGGAAUGGCAAAAGAUCAGACUGAAAAGAACAAUCAUGCAAUUGGACGAAGCUGAAGUAAAGAAGAAUCCGAAAUACUUUGCUGAAGUAAAGGAUCUUGUCAAAGAGCAAGAAGCUGCCAUUCACAAACGCCUGGUAGAAAAGGAGCGCGAAAAAUACACCAAAAAAUUCGCAAGAGAAAACGAAAAGCGCAAGUUUGAUAAGGAAGAGGAGCUGCCGGAGUCGGUUUUGCAGGAGUGGAUGGAGAAAGCGGAAGAGAUGGAAAAAGAAUACCGACAAGAGUUAGAUACGGGUAAAGUGCAAGUCAAGACGUCUGACAUAGAAAAAAUCAAGUCACAGAUUGAAAAGUUGGACCAGAGGAUAGAAAACUGCAGCAUUCAACUCAAAGACAAAGAGGAUAACUCCCAGGUUGCUCUGGGCACUUCUAAGAUCAAUUAUAUUGACCCACGACUUUCCGUCGUAUUUUGUAAGAAAUUUGGCGUUCCGCUGGAGAAGGUCUUCACUAAGUCUCUCAGGGACAAGUUCAAAUGGGCUGUGGAGUCUGCUGACGAAAACUGGCGAUUCUGA